GGACUCCUUUUGGGAGACAUCUGUGAUCCCAAACCAAUUGACGAAAGUACAUUCACGAACUAUUGUUUCCUUGGAUUUUAAUUUUAUGAUAGAAUUGAAAAGGUUGUACCGUUCGUUUGUAUAAAGUUUGGUUAUUCUAGGGAAUGCUUUAUAUUUUAGCCAUUCUUUUGCAGAUUUGAAACGUUUCGUCUCUGGUUUUGGUGUUGUCCAAUAUCAAUAUCUGCCUGAGGGUUUCAAGUAUAUAGUGCCUUGAGUUCAAGAUAGUAUUUACUUAUACGAACAUAGAGAAGAAGGCUGUCUUGUUUUGUCUUGUCUUGCGUAUUCUCUCUAGAGUGAAGGAGAAGAUGUCCCAGAAGCGAAAUCUUCCUUCUUGGAUGAGUUCAAGUGAUCCUGAGGCUAGUCCAGGUAAGUCUCAUAGUAAGAAGCCCAAGGAUGAAAAUGAUAAGCAUAUUAAAGAGCAGACCAGUAGAAAUGCCUCUUCCAACAAUUCGCAACGCGGCAAAAGUUCAAAUGCUACGGAUCUCGCUAAACUUAUGGAUGGAGUCGUUUUUGUGCUCUCGGGCUUUGUUAACCCUGAGAGGAGCACACUUAGAUCACAGGCCUUGGCAAUGGGAGCCACAUAUCAACCUGACUGGAACUCUGACUCUACGUUGUUGAUUUGUGCUUUUCCUAACACUCCCAAGUUCCGUCAAGUCGAAACUAACUGUGGAACAAUAGUCUCGAAGGAAUGGAUAACCGAGAGCUAUAGGCAGAAGAAGUUGGUGGGUAUUGAGCAAUACCUUAUGCAUGCUGGCAAACCAUGGAGGAAAAGUAGUGUUCCUCAAGAUGCUAUCCGAGAAAAGAGCGAACAACUUUCUAAAAAACCAGAGAAGCAAGCAGAGAAAAAACCAGAAACAAGGGGAACACCGUCAACCUCAUCCAAGAAUAGAUCAGCUUGCAAUCUUGUGAAAGAGCCAUUUUCUGUUACGGAGGUGAAGAAAUGGGCCAGGGAUGACCUAACUGAAACCAUCUCAUGGUUAAAAAGUCAGGAGGAGAAACCAGAACCAGGCGAAAUCAAGCGAAUAGCUGCUGAAGGAGUCUUAACCUGUUUACAAGACGCCAUAGAUUCUCUUGAACAGAAGCAGGACAUUGGAUCAGUUACAGAGCUAUGGAGCUUUGUCCCUCGUGUAGUGAAGGAGCUUGGAAAGAUCGAGUCGUCUUCUAAAAAAGAAAACUCCACAGCUUCAAAGGAAGAACUUUGCAAAGAAGCAAAGUCCUGGAAAAAGAUCUACGAGGCUGAGCUAGUAAAACCGGGCGAAGAUGAAUCAUCAGGAACAAAAAGCAGAGAGACCUCUCGGGUUGCUGCUACUGGCUAUGACAGUGACGAGACCGUUGAAAUGACUGAAGAAGAGAUCGAACUUGCUUAUAGGAACGUUUCUUUAGAGUCUCAUUAGUUCAGACUUGUUUCAUUUUUUUUGCAUAUGGAAAGCACGAGACGUCUGGUUUAUUCAGUUUGUUCGGUUCGAGGAGAAUGUAACUGAUUGAAACUUAUCCGGUCUGCGUGGUUAAUGCUGGUUUGGAUUCGGUUUAAUCGGUUGCAGUUAAGCGGGUUUAGAUUUGAUUUUACUUUUUUUU